ACAUCGGCUUGAAGCCAACGGGCAUCGGCGUGAUGGCAGCUGUGCACCUCCACAAGGAAGCGCAACAGCAAUGGUUGGCGCCUGACAAAAGCCUGGUGAAGACCCACAGCCGCGACCUCGACUCGAGUGUGGCCCUGGCCGCGACGCCAGUCAUGGGGGCAGGCACUGGUCACGGUGGAGGUGGUAUGCAACAAGAAAUCACCAUCACAAAAGUCACCUUUUUGCAAGUUUGUUGUUGAUUAUCGCAUAUCGUCCAGCAUCAAGUUUUCGCAUAGACAGAACUUUUUGUAAUUCUCAAGUAAGUGCGCUGUGCGCAAAUGCAAAAGUGAGUGUGCAGAUGGUUUGUAGCUCUUGAAUAGGUCGUGGCGGCUCUGGAGGAGGAGCGCCGGGCGGUCACCAGCAAAUGCUUCCGACGCUUUUGGACCCUAUUCCGCAGCGAGAACAGGAAUCUCGUCCCGGUCCACCCGCUCAUCCCUCCGUCCCCAGCGAAGAUCAAAGUGGGCUGCAGCAUCAAUGCAGCGAGAAUAUUAAGGAGGGAGCAGCCCGUGCUUCGAUGCAAGCUGAUUUAGACCAUAUUACUUCACGUGCGGGCUCGAAACUCAUGGCGGUCCGAGAAAACGAGACGUUGUUCGAGGAAGUCCCCGGCGGUGCGGAGGUCCUCGACGCCUUGACCAACACCAAACCCGCUAGUACGGUUGGCGACGAGCAAUCUUCACUCCCGCGCGACUCGCGCGGGAGUGAAGAUUGCUCCAUUUGGACCGAAGCCGGUCUAGCAGCUGCACCAUUCGGACCUGCUGAUGGAGGACACCACCAGCGUAAAAAGGUCCGGCUUAGCUUCCACCCGUUUCGCGUGAGCCAGAUCAAUCUGCCGGAAGAGACCUAUCGGGUUUUUUGCAAGCUUCGGUUGCAUCGAGAGGUAUCGGAAGAAGAGUGGCUCCACAUGCAGAAGGAGCUUGGCCACAGUAGUACCAGCGGGGGCGGUUUCUUAGCAGCGCGGCGCCGGGAAAAGUGUCCCUUCGAGAUGCCCAAGUUCCUGUACAAAAACUGCCACAACUUGCAGGAAGUGGACACCGAGUGGACUGCGUGGAAACGGACCAUCACAGAAGUUAUCGAAGAAGAAGAAGAAUUUUUGGAGUCGUCCCCGCGGCCCAGUGAGAGUCAAUCCCUGAGCAAGGUGCUGUCGCGACAUUCGGGUGGCGAACAAAAUCCGGAGCUGCACACGACCUCACGGAGCGCUGGUGGUGCUCUUGCGGUUCUUCCUGCGCGACGGUUGCAAGUGGAAGUUGCAGAACAGCUGAACAGCGCGGGAUCUUUUCGCCGACCAACCGUGACAGCGCGACAAACCAAGAUUAUGAAUCCAAUAGCUUCUUCCCCAGCAGCAGCACCUGGUAGUACCGACGCUCCUCCUGUCCUUGGAGGUGACGAGGCAGCAGGAGCAUUGCCUUUGCAAGUGCAAGAGCAUUCAGGGAAGAUGCUUGGAACGGAGCAACUGCAUCAAGACCAUCCUUUUUCAUCUGCCCAAGCCCCCACAGCCGGGGAGGGUUCUGCGACAAAGAAUAUCGGCAAAAGUAGCAAGCAGAAGGACCACAAGCCGGCUGCUGCCCAGACUUCUAUAUCCUGAGUAAAAACGUACCCACACCAGAGUCAGGAUGAGGAUUUUGCAACACAAACCUAGGAGUUUUGUGAGUCACGCAUGACAAGUUGCACUCUGCAGUAAUAUAGUGCAGGUUAGCAAGUGCAGCCGCAUCACAGAUUCAUCUGCUCAUCCUGUUCACAGCAUCACAAAUUCCAAAACACGUUUGGAAAUGGCUCUCAUGCGGAUGCGCGUUACAAGUCCUCCUGUCUUUGCAAAUCUGCAUUACAACUCUGGCGUGGGUACGUUUUUACUCAGGAUACACUACACGGGUGAUUUACGAGGCGAUUUCGCAGAAAAUUUUCCACGGCACCAUGCAGAGCAACAUGGAUGCGCGCCAGUUUCCGUUUGACGUCCAGGACUUGAGCAUUGACCUGUACUGCGAGGACAGUGACACGUGGGAAUUUGACGAGAUCCCCGAGGAGGAGCUUGACCGGUCCUUUGAGUGGGCGUUCCGCAUGCCGGAUUGGUUUCUGUGUCCGGACAGCUUCGACGUGUCGGUGGAGCGCCUCCCGGUGGGCGUGCUGCAUCGUUGCCAGUGGCGGAUCGCGCGGGAGUGGGUCCCCUUUGUGUGGAACUACUUUUUUCUGCUCGUCCUCACCUCCCUGUUAUCAAAUGCAAAAAUGUCUGGGUCUGGAAGAAUGCGCGACUUGUGAUGCAUAUUUUGGGCUUCAUCGGUUCGAAUCAGAUUAUCGAAAUGAAAUCAGAUUUAUGGUAUCCUGGCAAUCCACGUACCCAAGCAAAUCCACGUACCCAAAUCCACGUACCCAAAACCACGCACCCAAACCAAUGAGCCCUCUUUCCGGACGUGAACCCCCACGCUACAAGACACAUUUGGGACUGCAAAAAAGGUUGUCGCUUUUUCAAUUUCAAUGAAAAAAUUAAAAAUAAAAUUUCCAACUUUCGCGGAUUUGCCUUGUUUCCUCGCGAACCACGUCUCCGACAGUUUCGCUUUCUCCGGCCCAUAAAAAUUAAAUUUUGAAAAUUCGCGGAUUAAAAUUAUAUAGCUGACGAAUUUCGCAUCCACUCCUCCAAUAAAAAUAAGAUUUUUAGACUCAACGCCUGUCGUUCUCGUCCUCCCCCUCGUUAUCAAAGCCAUUGCGCAGCACGCGCGAGACCGCAGAGCAUAGCUGUGCUUUGCCUCGCGUUGUUUCACACUGGUCCACCCCCCGGGUGGCUCCUCUACAUUCCUGUCCCGCGCUCGAUCUUCCCGCCGGUCCCGUAAAGCGGAUCGCCCUUUCGCGCCCGCCUAGAAAAUGCGCGGCGGUUUGCAAUGCAGUGCACUAAAUGUCGUUCCUUUUAUUUUUGGCCUGGGGGUACUUGUUGUGGAAAGAGGGCGGCGUACUGUGGUUGUCAUGAUUCCUUGACACGGGUGCCAUGCUCAACGAACAUGGCAUCUAGGGGGCCCAAAACUCCUGCAAGGAGCGAACGAGGGGCCAUGCUCAACAUGGCAUCUAGGGCGCCGGGCUCCACAUGGCAUCUAGGGGAGGGGGGCAUCUAGGGAAGGGGCCCCGCGCUACCAAAAAAAAAGGCGUCUGGGCGGGUUUUUCGCCCCGAAGCCUUCCCGGGUAGCUGUCUCUCCGCCAGCCGUGCCCCGCUUAGGCCUGGGGCUCGUGAGCCUGCCUCGCCUAGCUGAUAGGAAUGAAAACAAACAAAAGAACGCGGCGCCCGGGUGGGUUUUCCGCCCCGAAGCCUGCCCGGGAAACUGUCUUUCCGCCCCGCGCGCCCCGUUUAAGGUUUCCGGGCUAGGGAGCCUGCCGCGCCUAGGAGGCAGGAAUGAGAAAGAGAGCGGCGCCCGGGUGGGUUUUCCGCUCCGAAGCUUGCUCGGGUAAUUGUCUAUCCGGCCCCCGUUCCCCGUGGAGGGUUUCCGGGCUCGGAAGCCUGCGCGCCUAGGUGGUAGGAAUGAAAGAAAAAGCGGCGCCUUUGCGGGUUUUCCGCUACGAAGCCUGCCCGGGUCACUGUCUUUCAGCCCCCGUGCCCCGUUUAGGGUUUCUCGGCCCGGAAGCCUGCUGCGUCUAGGUGGUAGGAAUGAAAAAGACAGCGGCGCCUUGUUGGGUUUUCCGCUCGCUCCGAAGCCUGCCCUGGGGCAUUGUCUCCCCGCCCCCCGUGCCCCGUUUAGGGUUUCCGGGCUCGAAAGCCUGCCGCGCCUAUUUGGUAGGAAUGAAAAAGAAAACUGCGCCUGGGUGGGUUUUCCGCCCCGAAGCCUGCCCGGGUAGCUGUCCCCCCGCCCCCCUCUCCCCGCUUAGGGUUCCCGGGUUCGAAGGCCUGCCGCGCCUAUUUGGUAGGAAUGAAAAAGAAAACGGCGCCCGGGCGGGCUUUCCGCUCCGAAGCCUGCCCGGAUAACUUUCCUCCCGCCCCCCGCGCCCCGUUUAGGGCUUCCGGGCUCGAGGGCGUGUCGCGACUAUGUGGUAGGAAUGAAAAAGGAAACGGCGCCCGGGCGGGUUUCCCGCUCCGAAGCCUGCCCGGGCAACUGUCCUCCCGCCCCCCGAGCCCCGUUUAGGGUUUCCGGGCUCGGAAGCCUGCCGCGCCUCGGUGGUAGGAAUGAAACAGAAAAAGGCGACUGGGUGGGUUUUCCGCUCCGAAGCCUGCCCGGGUAAAUGUCUCUCCGCCUCCCGUGCCCCGUUUAGGGUUUCCGGGCUCGAGAGCCUGCCGCGCCGCGGGGGUAGGAAUGAAAAAGGGAACGGCGCCCGGGCGGGUUUUCCGCUACGAAGCCUGCCCGGGUCGCUGCCUUUCCGCCCCCGUGCCCCGUUUGGGGUCCGUUUGUGGGCCCGGGAGGCUGCCGUGUCUAGUUGGUAGGAAUGAAAAACACAGCGGCGCCGUCUUGGGUUUUCCGCUCCGAAGCCUGCUAGGGGCACUGUCUCCCCGCCCCCCGUGCCCCGUUUAGGGUUUGCGGGCCCCAAAGCCUGCCGCGCCUAUUUGUUGGGUGGGCAUGAAAAAGAAAACGGCGCCUGGGUGGGUUUUCCGCCGCGAAGCCUGCCCGGGUAGCUGUCCCCCCGCCCCCCCCUCCCCGUUUAGGGUUUCCGGGCUCGAAGGCCUGCCGCGCCUAUGUGGUAGGAAUGAAAAAGAAAACGGCGCCCGGGCGGGUUUUCCGCUACGAAACCUGCCCGGGUAACUGUCCUCCCGCCCCCCGUGCCCCGUUUAGGGUUUCCGGGCUCGAAGGCUUGCCGCGCCUAUGUGAUAGAAAUGAAAAAGAAAACGGCGCCCGGGCGGGUUUCCCGCUCCGAAGCUUGCCCGGGCAACUGUCCUCCCGCCCCCCGCGCCCCGUUUAGGGUUUCCGGGCUCGGAAGCCUGCCGCGCCUCGGUGGUAGGAAUGAAACAGAAAAAGGCGCCUGGGCUUGUUUUUCGCUCCGAAGCCUGCCCGGGUAGCUGUCUCUCCGCCCCCCGUGCCCCGUUUAGGGUUUCCGGGCUCGAGAGCCUGCCGCGCCGCGGGGGUAGGAAUGAAUUGAAAAAGAGAACGGCGCCCGGGUGGGUUUUCCACUCCGAUGAAGCCUGCCCUGGUAAUUGUCUACCCGCCCCCCCUUCCCGGUUUAGGGUUUUCGGGCCCGGAAGCGUGCCGCGCCUAGGUGGUAGGAAUGAAAAAGAAGACGGCGCCCGGGUGGGUUUUCCGCUCCGAAGCCUGCCCGGGCCAUUGUCCUUCCGCCCCCGUGCCCCGUUUAGGGUUUCCAGGCUGGGAAGCCUGCCGUGUCUAGUUGGUAGGAAUGAGAAAGAAAACCAACGGCACCCGGGUGGGUUUUCCGCUCCGAUUUCGCGGCUCAAGGCACGGAGUUUCUAAAUUUUAUUUUUAUUGCAAUAGAAUUCAACUCUUCUGCAAAGUUUGCGCUACGAGAGAAGUGUUUUUUCUUGACAAUAAAAAUUAAAUUUUAACAUUUCGCGGAUUGGGCCGCGAAGUUUUGAAAUUUUAUUUUUAUUGCGAUCCUGAAAAAACAAAACAAAAAUCGCAAGAUAAAAGUUCUGAACAAUUCGUCUGGAACGCGCAACGCCACCUCGUACCGCCGGGAUUUGGGCACCCACGGGUGCCCAAAAACAGUACCCAUUUGGGUGCGCAGAUUUGGGUACGUGGAAUUUGGGUACGUGGAACGCACCAUGACCCAGAUUUAUUAUUACAAUCAGGUUAGUUGUGCAAUCAAGUUACUGAAUUCAGAAUAUCAGUGAAAUCAGGAGUCUGGGUUAGGGUUGGGGGUCUAGGGUUUGGGGUUUCUGGUCGUCGGCCAGGGCAGCCGCCGCCGGCCGGCCGGCCGGCGGCGGCUGCCCUGGCCGACGCCUCCCUCUUCUCGUUGCUGCGCCAGUCAAUGCGCCCCCGCGGCUUGCCCGCUCGUCUGGCUGUGUUCUUGCCCCGUCGUGGUUCUCGUUGAUCCCGUCGGCCAGCCCCUUGGUCGGCUGGGCGCGCCACUGAUUCCGGCGGGCCGCUGGGGCCGCCUGGCGUUCGCUUAGGUAGAACCUGAUUGCGUCUCGUAAUCUGAUUUCAGUAACCUGAUUGCAUUUCGUAAUCUGAUUUUACAACUUACGCAAUCUGAUACGACCAGCGUCCCAUAUUUUGUAUGAUCCAUGAUGCAUGUAAUGCAUGCCCUAGCAUCACAGAUCUUAUGAGAGCUUCCUGAUGCCUAUACCGCAUCAGAAAUGCCCUCUGGCCAUGACAAAAACUGGACCUCUCUUGCCGUUCAUGCAAUACAGAUUUAUUGUAGAAUCCAAAGACAGCAUGACAAGUUGAAAUCUUCCAGACCCAGACAUUUUUGCAAUCCAUACCUGUUCGGCUUUUUCAGCUUCGCCUGGGUGGAGGAGCGGCUGGGCGCGAUCGACAACCCGCGGGACGGGCUCGCAGUGGUGGUGAUGGUGAUUCUGACCAACGUGUUAUCAUUUGUAAAAACGUCCCCACCCCAGAGUUGCCAUGCAGAUUCGCAAUGACAGGAGCAUUUGUAAUGCGCCUCUUCAUGAGAGGCGUUUCUAGUCGUGUUUUGGCAUUUGUAAUGCUGCAUCAACCAGGAAGAGCAGAUGGACAUGGAUCUGUGAUGCGUUUUUCCCUGCUAACCUGCACUACACUGAGGACUGAAAUUUGUGAUGCGUGAAUCCCAAAACUUCUAUGUUUGUGUUGCAAAGUCCCCUUCUUGACUCUGGGGUGGGGACGUUUUUACUCAGGAUGCGCGUCCUUCAAGUCGAGCGCCGGCGAGAGUGUUGGCAACAUCGGGUACCUCACCUACCUGGACAUUUUCAUUCUGGCCACGCUGCUCGUGAACUUUCUGCAGGGAGGCCUGCACGCGCUGUUCGGGGUCCAGGGCCCACAAGGCGACUUUUUGAUCCUGCGCGACUGGUUGAUCCGGUUCCUGUUCGGCGUGUACGUGCUCUUCAUCCUGAUCUUCUGCGGCUGGGUGUACCGGCAGCGCGACCGGGCGAAAAACUGCCACGUGGUCGAGGACCGCAGUUUUGCCGACGACCUGGAGGAGGACGAGGGGGAGUUUGAAAACGUAAACAUCACGAGCUUGGAAUCGGACCUGGCGGCGCACUAUCAAGUGCAAAAAUGUCUGGGUCUGGAAAAGUGUAAACUUGUCAUGCAGAUUUUCCAUGAGCCCUGAGUGGUCUGGAAUGCGGGACUUAGCACGACAGACUCUGCGAAGUCUCUGCAAUGCCCAUCCACCUGCAUGAGAAACUCCUGUCCAUCUUGGUCAAAAGUGGACAGCUUUUGGCACUCAUGCAAUACAGAUUUUUGCAUUCUUCAGAUUUACCAUGACAAGUUGCCACCUUCCAGACCCAGACACUUUUGCAAUUCAUACGCACAUGAAGGCUGCGGAGGACGCAGCCGUGUCGCACCGCGCGUCGUCGCAUGGAGACUCUUCGCGCACUCCUGCGUGGAUGAAAACCCUGAGCAGUGACUUGCAGCAAAGGCGCGACAAAUCGUUCUUUUUCGCCGAUCCUGCCAGUUGGUUUCAAAAACAGCUUGCGAAAGUAGCACUACUUCCUUUCUUCACCGCGCCGCGGCAAGCGCUGGUGGUUUUAUCCCGAACCACGAAGAGGAUCAGCGGGAACAAGCGCUCGCUGGAGCUGCAGGAGGGUACUAGUGACGACUCGGACGAGUUGCGCGAUGAUAUCGCGCCCUUGACCAUGGCACAAAGCCGCUCGACGGCCGUAGUUGCAAGUACUAAUAAAUCCGCCGGAUCUACUGGGUUGAAUUUCCAGGUGCGGCGCACCUUAGUGGCUAAUCCUGGCGGAGGACGUGCUACGACUGAGGCAGGUGGUCAACACUGCGGCACCAGCAGGCGCACAUCGGUGCGUGUCGGCGCGAGUAGUAGCCUGACGUCGGCGGCGCGGAGCGGCAGCGGCCACCACAACUUGUUUCGUGACGGCGGGGCUGCUGGUGGUGCGGGUAGGAGUAAGCGCGGUGUCACGUUCUUCAACCCGAUGGUGCCCGGGGAUCAGAUGACAGGAGAUCCUCAUUUUGCAGCACGCUUCAACACGGGAACAGACAAUCGCUUUACAACAACCUCCGCUUGGGAUCAUGGCAGAAGCACCGAGGUCGGACGAGUGGAUAAGCUGCGGGAAACCACAGCGUCUAUGCUGCACGCCAGCGUGGACAGCCGUGCGGAUUACGACCGCGAACGGCAAAAAACAAUUGUGGGAAUUUUGGACGCUUUGGAAGAGGGCGAGAACUCGCAGGACACACUCGAUCGCCUCUGGUGUGCGUUACGGUCGGAAAAUUCCGUGGCACUGUCGCGUGGCUCUUUAUAGGAUCAUAUUAUUGACAGGAUCAGGAAGUAGAUGUAGAAGUAAGUACCUGUGGCGGCGAGGAUUAUACAACUUUACUUCAGAAUGUAAAAAGUAGUAGAGCAGGCUACAAAUACUACUACAGACGACUGCGUGCUGGCCAUGCAGUCGGGAGAAAAGGUCCAGAUUCAUCUCCUGAAAUAGCCUGAAUGUACCAGUCCAUACAUUCUUUCUUUAACAUUGAAACUGAAAGGAAGCGUUUGAUUCAGUCACGAGAUUGCAAUGAUUUUAAUGAUCGGUAAUAUCGAUAUCGUCAGUAAAUGAUGAAGAUCUAUUUUUCGCAUACUCUCGGAUGAAAAAUCCGAGUGUGCAGUACAGAUACAGUCUUAACACUUUAUAUAUUAGAUCGUGGUCGAUCACAUACACAUAUUGCUAUAGGCUAAUGCUAUUCAUUUUCAUAUUUCGAUGAAGAGCUCUUGUAUAUUGGGAGCAUGAGGACAAGAGCCACUUAUCUUGGUUGUAUCCUAUAUCGUUUUAUCGUGUGAAUGUGAAAAUGAAAACAAGGAGAAAAAAUUUGCUCCGAACUAUAAAUCUGUAUGCAUGGAGAUGGAAUUGGAAAAGCAAAAGUGAAAGUGAACCAUGUACACUUUGAACAUCAGUGACGCCGACAAGUGUUUUAGUCGCCUACUUUCCGGCAAGCCAG